AACCCUCAGAAAAUGGGGUUUAACCCUAAAACUGUAAAGAAACGCCAUGAAGCGAGCUCUAUGGGGAGCUGUCUUCAAUGUCUGUUCUCGGACGCUUUCCGUCUCUCCUCCGCUACGAACCUUUCGUUCCGUCCCCUUACUGUCUCCAUUUUCCGUUUUCACUUUGCGAUGUUACUCAUCCGGGAAUGACAAGUACAAUGAACUGAACUCAACCAAAAACAAGGACUCUCUCGUCGACGACGAUGUCAGCACAGAAGAGCUGAAGAGGAAAAUUGAUAAAUUUUAUGAGGGUGGUGAUGCCGAUUCAUUACCAGAAAUUUUCGAAGCAAUUUUGAAAAGGAAGCUGUCGGGUAAACACGAAGAUGCCGAUGAUGAGCUGAUGAAAGAAAUUCGACAGCGAAUGCCCGGAGAAAUUGAAGAUUUCAAAGGUGAAGAAUAUGAUUCAGAACUAACGGACGAUGCCGCCAGUGAUUCUGAGGAAGAAGAUAAAAGAAUAUAAAGACAAUGCGAAUUUUAUAGUUGUGAUGUUAGAUUUUACGUUUUGAGUGAAUCUUUUCUUCAAUUCAAUUGGAUGGAGUGGACUUUCAUAGUUAAUGAUAGCAUUAUUAUUUCAAA